AUGACGGGCGAGCCCAACAAGCGCCAAAAGCGCAUGGAAUAUCGCAACCAGAAACGGGAGGAUGGAACCGCCGAGCUUCCCAGAAAGAAGUUCUACAGGCAACGAGCUCAUGCGAACCCGUUUUCCGACCAUCAGUUGACCUAUCCAACAAGUCCUGACAAGAUGGACUGGUCACCAUUCUAUCCAGCUUAUCAGGUUACUUUAGAAGGAGAGGACGCCAUGGUAUUAAAAGGCACCCAGGACGCACCGUCACCGCGUCGGAUCUCAAAAGAUGUCGAAGUCGCAGACAUUGGGUGUGGUUUUGGUGGACUUCUGGUCGCCCUUGCACCGGCGUUACCCGAGUCUCUCAUUCUGGGUCUCGAAAUAAGGACUCAAGUGACCGAAUAUGUUCACGAGCGCAUUAGGGCUCUGAGAUCGCAGGAUGCUUCUGGCCAGGCGUACCAGAACAUUGCCUGUCUGCGUGCGAACACGAUGAAGUUUUUACCCAACUUCUUCCGCAAGGGCCAGCUGAGCAAGAUCUUCAUCUGCUUCCCUGACCCCCACUUCAAGGCUCGGAAACACAAGGCUCGCAUUGUCUCCACGACACUGAAUUCCGAGUAUGCAUACGUGAUGAAGCCUGGCGGCAUCGUGUACACCAUCACAGACGUCAAGGACCUGCAUGAGUGGAUGGUGUCACAUUUCGAGGCACAUCCGUCGUUUGAGCGAGUGAGCGAAGAGGACCAGGACAAAGACGAAUGCACGAGACUUAUGAGAUUCGAGACGGAGGAGAGCAAGAAGGUGGAAAGGCAUAAAGGCAACAACGCAGCCCCCUACACACACACACUCAAUAAUGAAGCGAAGGGAGAGAGCGCCCGCGGAAUCCAGAGUAUGGCCCUCAAGGGAAGAGAUGUGAUCUUUGCUGGGAUCGCAGGUUUCAUCGCUUGGGGUUAUGGCACGCACUGGGUGCCAGGUCUGCGCUUCGCAGGAUACGCCCUUGUGACAGGUGUUCUGGUAACAUUGCUGGCUCUGCUGUCUCUCACGCUGCUCUCCUCCCGCGGCUCGUUCUAUCGACAAUAUCGCAGGUCUGCCUUGCCAGCCAGAGUCGCCUUUCUCGGCCAUGAUGCCUGGACCAAGGAAGUCGCGGCGCUUCAAGCGCGUCAACAGUACAAGAAACAACCGCUGUAUGCCAGCUCACCCCGCGUCUCUCGAGCUCUUGACGACCUCCUCGAACUCAUACUCCGCGACUUUGUCCGAUCCUGGUACUCGAACAUAAGCAAGAACCCGGCAUUCACAGAUGAGGUGGACCGGGCAAUACGGAUCGCCUUGGUCAACAUUCGCGACCGACUGCUCGAGAUCGAUCUGGCCGAAGUUCUGACAACACGCCUUGUACCUAUCCUGACUGCGCACUUUCGAGACUUCUACGACGCAGAGCGCUCGGUGCGUGGAAGAAAGCUCAACCGAUCUGUGACCGAGUCCGAAGAGUUGGACUUGGCCAUAGCGUCGAAAUACAAAGACGGGAAGCUGCACCCUGCCGCGAGCCUGGCGUACUCUGAUCUGAAGAUGGUGCAGCAGGACUAUCUGCGCCAGACUCUAUCAAAGGUAUUGCCGCAUGUUCUCCCACCCAAGCUUUUAGCGAGCCGGCCUGUAGCUGUCAUCGUACGCGAGCUGGUCGCGUGUGCGGUUCUGUUCCCGGUGCUACAGAUAUUGUCGGAGCCAGAUACGUGGAACCAAGUCAUGGAGAACUAUGGCCGAAGCAUGCUACAAGACAGAUCGACCGUCAGAAAACUCCGUGCAGCUUUGGACCAGCAUGCUCCAGCACCGAAGUCCGGGAAGCCCUCGGCCUUCCCCCGCCUGUCCUCGACUGACAGCGAGAAGAGGUUUGAGAGAUUCAUUCGGUCCAUCCGGAAACUCAACAAUCUGUCCGACGCAAGAAGAUUUCGCAGUGAGGUGGCCAGUCAGUUGAAGCGCGACUCCCAGCAGCAGGACGUAGAUCAGGUAUAUCUGCGUCGUCUAGAGAUGGGAAAGCGCCUCCUGGAUCAGAAGGUGCAGUAUCUUGCUGCUGGCGGUGACCGUCAUGCUAUUAUGCCGACCCCUACCCCCACAACCCCUACAGUAUCACGACUGGAGAAUGCUCCUCUUGAAGACCUUCUUCGCGACUCCUCUGGUCUCUCUUACUUCAUGGAGUACAUGGACCGGCAGAAGCUCCUCUCGCUGGUGCAGUUCUGGCUCGUUGUUGACGGCUUCCGUGAUCCCCUUGAGAACGAUGGGCUAGAUGAUGGAGGUUUGCCUUCAACUCUACCACCUUGGACCGACUCAGACCGCCUCGACCUCGCUCAGAUCGACCAAGCCUACUUGUCCAGGGCCGAACUUAAGGUGCCAGCAUCAUCGAAAAAGGCAGUACGAGAUUUCCUUGACGCUGGCAAAACUGCAUCGCCACAGCAAUACUUCCUGGCCCGGCGGGCAAUUCUGAGGGCGCAGGCUGCUGUUCUCGAUGAGAUGCGUCUGAAGUACUAUCAAAGCUUCAAGAAGUCCGAUCUGUUUUACAAGUGUCUUGCCGCCGAAGAGGCUUCCAAGAAUCUUCAUCCCACCACUGCUCCUGAGCCGGUGGCACACCCACCAUUAAGCAGGUCAUCUCAAUCAUAUACUGUGAAGCCAAACCCCGUCACAAGACUCGCGCCGAGAUUACAUGAAGCGGGACCUUCUAAUAGGAGAGCUGGGUCCGCAACUGAUCUGAGGUCGAUGAACGGACUCAGCCCAGGGGGCGAUCCUCUCACGAGGCCGAGACGGUCUUUUGAUGAAAGCGCAGCAGCACCCUUGUUUGACGAUGACGAUUUCGAGAACGAGCCUUUGGCGGACUCGGUUCAGAGUCUAGAUCAAGAGCCCGAACCACCUGUACCGGACACCCACGUUGUUCAGGCAGUGGAAAAAGCGCUAAACAACAUCAUGGAGGAUAGUCGGCCUCCAACAUCAGAGGAUCUGCGUACCUCUCUCUUCGCCACCACUGAAGAUGGCAGAUCUAGCCUAUUUUCAGGGGAGGAUAAUGACUCGACUAAGGGCUUGCCAGACCCCAGCCGCUCUGCCCACCCGUUGAAUGAAGGUGAGAAGCCAAGUUUGUCUUCUCUUGGUCUCGUCAGCGCCGCUUCACGGAUUGGUGUCUUUGUGGACGACGAUCUCUUCGGAGACGAAGAUAGACACCUCUCAGACGAGCGCGAGGAUGAGGAGGAGUUGAAGCCGGAUGAUAUUGAAGAUGAGGUGCAUGAAGCUGCACCCGGCGAUCUGGGCCUCGCGGAGGCAAUCACGGCCCUCACCAACGACAUCGACCGCUUGGUCGCACAAGAAGCCGUCGUCGACUCCCUUCUCAGAAAGGCCGAGCUGACCAACAAUACGGCAGAGCUCAGGAUAUUGCGCAAGUCCAAGGCAAGCUUGCAGAGAGAAAUCCGGCGCAAAGAGCUACAGCGGCAACAGUACGUCGUGCAAGAAAGCGACAACAGUCUCUAUGGACGCUCUACUAUCAGGAUCACAUCGAUCCAGGUCGGUCGCGAGGAUGAUGGUAGGGAGUUUGCUCUCUAUGUGAUUGAAGUUCAGAGAAAUGCUGGCGAGAAGAUGCCUGCUGCCGCCUGGGUAGUUUCCCGUCGAUACAGCGAGUUUCUCGACCUGCACCAAAAGCUUCGCUCCCGCUACCCUUCGGUACGAGACUUGGAUUUCCCUCGCCGUCGCAUGAUGAUGAAGCUUCAGAGCGAGUUUCUGAGCAAGCGAAGGGCCGCGUUGGAGAAAUAUCUCCGCGCGCUGCUGCUCCUGCCCGAGGUCUGCCGGAGCCGAGACCUGAGGGCGUUUCUGUCACAGAGCGUGAUCGCCGAAGGCCAAGAUCUUCUUGACCAUCAAGAUAAGAAAGACGUCAUUAGCAGGCUAUAUGAUUCUGUAACAGACGGUAUGGAAGACAUCCUGGGCAGCAUCCCGGUGUUGGACCAGCUAUCUGUUGCAGGGCAGAAUCUCAUCGCUGCCGCCACGAGCCAGCUCAGCACUAUGCCCAUCACCGUCGCAGAAGAUAACGGCAUUUCGGCGGCGGAGGCGGAAGCCGAGCUGAAUGCGUUCGAGGACAAGGAACUGGAGCCUUUUGUGAAGCCUAUUUGCGAUAUCUUUCUGGAGGUGUUCGAGCUCAACAGAGGAAACAACUGGUUACGUGGUCGGGCUGUGGUGGUGGUGCUACACCAGCUGCUCGGUGGCACGAUUGAGCGUAAAUUGCGAGACAAUCUCAAGGUCCUCGCUCAAGACGACGCGCUCAUGCGGUAUAUUGGGCUCUUGCAAGACAGCAUGUGGCCCGGAGGACAGCUGCAAAGAAACAAAGCGCCUCGCACGGCGGCGCAGAAGUCGAGGACGAGGACCGAAGCAAGUCUCAUGCUGGCCACUCUGAUCCCCGACCUCGCUGGCAGCGUCGUGGGCCGCCUGAACGCCCAAGCCGCAAGCCGGCGUGUCUUUGCGACAUUCAACAACUCAAGACUGAACAUUGGCGCCAGGUACUCUGCUAGUUUCGGCGGUCUGCUUGCUGGUCUUGUGCCACCUGAAAAGACUCGACCUCGCCGAGCUCGAGACCAGGGGGACACCGCCGCCCUUCUAUCCAUCGCGGCCCAACCAAACCUCGAGUCCCCCAUAACUCAUCUCAUUUUCACCUGGACCGCACCCUUCCUCCUGGUCGCCCUUCAUCCCAAGAUUGCUCUCGGCCACUUUUGGAUUCUCCGGAGAGGCUCUCGAACUUUUCACGCUGCCGCCAUCAUGACCGAGGUCUCCUCGACUCGCCUUUACCUAGGCAACCUUCCUCGAAACGCCACCAAGGCCGACAUUGAUGCCCACUUCAGCAAGCAUGGCACCGGCAAGAUUGUCGAGAUCAAGCUGAUGAACGGCUUUGGUUUCAUCGAAUACGAGGAUGCGCUCGAUGCCCGAGAUGUUGUCCCUGCUCAGAAACUAACACAAUCUCUCUGCCGACAGCUUUCCGUACGUGAUCACUGUCCCAACGAGUUGGCGGACCCUCUCCGUCAUCCCCGCGACGCCUCCACUGACUACCUUCACAAAGAUGGAUCGACCUUUAUGGGUGAGCGACUUACCGUCCAGUUUGCCCGAGGUUCUCGCAACAGGGAGCCCGGAGGCCCUGGAAACAAUGAGCGCACCGCGCCACGGCCACGACGCACACCGCACCGCAUGCAAAUCUCUGGUUUGCCCACGGACACCAGCUGGCAGGACCUCAAGGAUUUCGCCCGCGGAUCCGGUCUCGAUGUGGUGUACUCCGAGACUGGUCGCAACGGCAAUGGUGAAGGCUUCGUCGAGUUUGAAACCGCUGCAGACCUAACCACGGCCGUUGAGAAACUCGACGGUCGCGAGUUCAAAGACAAGGUCGUGACCUGUGUGGCCAAUACCCAGCCCGAUAUCCCUCGUGACAGCCGUGGAAGGUCCCGUUCGCCCCCUGGCCGUCGGCCGUACCCUCCUCGUGAUGAAUACGACAGGCGCGGUCCUCCACCCCGGGGUUACAGCCCCAGGCGAGAUGGCUACCGUGAUGGCUACCGCGAGAGAAGCCCUCGACGGGAGUAUUACGAUGAUCGCGGCCCUCGUUAUGGAUCGCCUCCACGCCGUGGGCCCAUGGAUGACUAUCCGCCGCCUCGCGGGCGUUACGAGGACCCGUACCGGCGCGACUACCCCCCUCCUGACCCCUAUGCCGCCCCUCGGCCCUAUGACCGCCCUCCUCCCCGCGACUUCCCACCCCGCGACGCGGCUUACCCACGUGAAGGCGGGUACCCCCCACGGGCCGAGUACGAUCGCGGUGGUCGCUACUGGUAA